UGAUUGACCCGGACGACCAGGUAAGCCUUGGCGAGCUUACCAAACUUGUCACCACAACCUUUUUAACUUGGUUCCGCACAGAAAUCAACGUAGUUCCAAUCUUUCAAGGGAGGAUAUUUAUUGCCGUCCACCCAGACCUCCUUCUCCCACAGAUUCACCAUGCCGGUGGCGGUGAUGAUCGCGGCAGCCAAGCACGCCAUCAUCGCCUUCUACACGUUGCAAAUGAUAUCGCACGUACUCACGAACCUCGAUUACUACAACGCCAAGGUCCUGGAGGGAUUUCAGACCGUCUUGUAUCCGUUCGACUUAGUCCUGGGAGGAUGGGCGGUCUUCCUCCUCGUCGCGGCCUUAGGCGGCAUCUGGCGGGAAUUCGACCCCGCGGGCUUCAACAUGUUCGUGAAUACCAUCGACAACGGCGUGUUCAACGGCUUCUUCGGCGUGGCCGCCCAGCCGCCGCCGGCCCACGGCAUCUUCCGCGGCCUCUUCGGCCACGGCGGCCGCGGCGCCGCAGCCGCGCCCGAAGCCGCGGCCCAGGAGCGGUCCCGCGUGCGCCGCCGCGUGUCGGAGUCUCCGGGCUUCUUCGAGCGCACGGGCCACGCGAUGGACACCUACCUGACGCCGCCGCGCCGCGGGCAGCACCCCCAGUAACCGAGUCGACCCCCUCCCCUUCCCCCGUCCUACCCCGCCCUUACCCCUUCCCUCCCCCAUCCCUUUCCCCGCGCGACCCCUCCCCUCCGACUACUAAGGUUACGAUUACAUAACGACCGCACGGUGCGCUAAGGUUACGAUUACGUAACGACCGCACGGUGCGCUUGCAGCCGCCGCUCUACGGCGCCAAAGCACCUAGCGACGCACGAGCACCGCACCGGCCGGCGCGCGAGGCUGCCCCGAGGCGGCUGCUCGAAGAGAAGCAGCGCAGCGAGUCGCGCGAUCCGUCGCGGUUGCCGCGGGCGUUGCGCGCACGGGAAGCGACUGCGACGCGACCCCGCGGGACGCGAGAACUCCGCGGUCGCCACCGGACCGCGCGCCCCGCGAUGCCGUCGUCGCGGUCCCGCUCGCGCGGCGGCGACGACCGCCUCCGCGAGGGCGACGAGGUCGAGGCCGACUACCGCGGCAAGGGGAAGUACUACCCGGCCCGCGUCGCCCGCGUCCACCGCGACGGCACGGUGGACGUGAAGUACGACGACGGCGACCGCGAGGCGGGCGUCCCGCCGCGCCGCUGCCGCAAGCGCGGGGGCGGCGGCGGCGCGGGGGCCCUCCGCGAGGGCGACGAGGUCGAGGCCGACUACCGCGGGCGCGGCAAGUUCUACGCCGGCAAAAUCACGCGCGACCGGCGCGACGGCACCUACGACGUCCGCUACGACGACGGCGACGCCGAGACGCGCGUCGCGGCGCGGCUGAUCCGGCGGAAGGGCCAGGCCCGGGCCCGCGACGAGGGCCAGGACGCGCGCUGGCGCGCCGGCCAGCGGUGCGAGGGCCGCUUCCGGGGCGGGGAGCGGUGGCACGCGGCCGAGGUGCGGCGCGUGCACUCGGACGGCUCCCUGGACCUGCGCUACGACGACGGCGACGAGGAGGUGCGGGUCCGGCCGCACCUGGUGCGAGUGGCGACCCGCGAUCGGUCGCGGUCGCGGUCGCGGUCGAAGUCCAAGUCGCGGUCGCCCCGCGGCCGGAACCGGAGCCGGAGCCGCGGCCGGAGCCGGUCGCGGAGCCGGUCGCGGAGCCGGUCGCGGAGCCGGUCCCGGUCCCGGUCGCGGUCCGGGUCGCAGAGCCGGUCGCCCGCAGUACGGGACGCGUUCCGGGCGGGCGACCGCGUCGAGGCGCGCGCGCCGGGCGGGGACACGUGGUCCAAGGCCAAGAUUCGCCGCGUCCACGACUCGGACGGGACGUACGACCUCGACUUUGAAGAUGGAAAGCGGGAACGCCGCGUCAAGGCCAAGUACGUGCGGAAGCGCGGGCGGAGCCGGAGCCGCUCGUCGAGCGAGUCGUCGCGGAGCCCCGCGCGCGGGAAGCGCAGCAUCUGGGGGCGGCUCCGGGGCCGCGGCGAUCGCGGCGCGUCGGCGUCGCCGCGCGCGGCCGAGUUCUGCGGCCGCGCGGCGUACGCGGCGCUCGCCGCGCGCGCCGGGGCCCUCCGCGAGCGCCUCGAGCGGGCCGACCGCCGGCGCGCGGGCGCGUGCGCGCCGCGCGCGCUCGAGGACGCCGUCAAGAGGGCCUGCGACCUGCGGGGCGCGGAGCGGCGCGGCGCCGAGCGCGUCGUCGCGGCGUUCGCCGCGGCGGCGGGCGCGGAGGCCGUGCGCUACGCGCCGCUGCUGGACCUGUUGGCCGAGGCCGAGGGGAAGGCCGCCGGGGGCGACGCGCUGGCGGAGGCGUUCCGCGGGCUCCGGAAGGGCGCGCGGAGGGCGCGGCUGUCCGAGGACCGGCUCGCGGCGAAGCUCGGGCGCGCGGACGGCAGGCGCGCGGGAGCCGUCGGCGCCAAGGACCUCGAGCGGGCCCUGGAGCGGCUCGGCGUGGCGAUGGACCGGAAGGCGCGCGACGCGCUCGCGAAGCGCUUCGCCGAGAAGAGGCGGAGCCGCUUCUCCGCGAGCGCGGGCGUCGGCUACGCGGCGGUCGCGCGCUGGGCGCUGGCCGACGAGAGGGCGGCGAGGAAGCGGCUCGCGGCCGCGUUCGAGGCGGCGCCCGAGGUCGCGCGGGCGGCGGCGAAGCUGGGGCGGGAGGUCGAGGUCGACGCGUGGCUCGACUUCGCGCGGCGCGCCGGCCUGCCGCUCUGCGACGGCGAGCUCCGGGCGCUCGCGGCCGCCUGGGACGCGGACGGCGCCGGCGCGUUCCCGGCGCGGGCGCUGCGGAAGCUCGGCGCCGGGAGCGACGACGCGUCGUCGCGGUCGUCGCGGUCGCGGUCGCGGUCGCGGAGCCGGUCGGAGUCCCAGUCGCGGAGCCGGUCGCGGUCGCGGUCGCGGUCGCGGUCUCGGUCGCCGGGCCGCGCCGCGGACGCGGACGCCGUCGUCGCCGCGGCGACGCGCGACGCGCUGCGCCGCUGGGUCGCGCGGCGCGGCGGCGGCCUGCGCAAGGCCUUCCGCGACGCCGACCGCGACGGCUCGGGCGUCGUCGACGCCGGCGAGCUGCGGCGCUUCGUCGAGGACGCGUCGGGCCUCGACGUGGGCGGGCGGCAGCUCGACGCGCUGCUGGACCUCAUGGACGCCGACGGCGACGGCCGCGUCUCGUAUUACGACUUCGCAGCGUUCGCGCGCGCGUCGGGCGGCGAGCGCGACUCGGCGGACGCCGGGCGCCUCGCGAAGCUGCGCGCGCGCCUCGCGAAGGGCGCCGCGCGGGCGGGGCCGGCCGCGCUCGACCGCGCGUUCCGCGCGCAGAAGGACGCGGACGCGUGCGACGCGACGGCCCCGCCCAAGGGCGUGCAGCGGGCGCUCGAGGAGGAGCUCGGCGUGAAACUGGCGCGCGACGACGAGGCCGCGCUGCGCGCGGCCUUCGGCGUCGGCGACGGCCGCGUCGACUACGGCGACGUCGCCGCGUGGCUCCUCGUCGACGCGCCGCGCGCCGCGAAGAAGGCCCGGCGCGGCCUGCGGCGCUACGAGAAGGAGUUCGGCGACCGCCGCGCGGCCUUCGAGGCCGUCGACGCGAAGAAGCGGGGCGCGAUCGACGCGCGGCGGUUCCGCGAGGCGCUGCAGAACGUCGCGUGCGUGUCGGACGCGGAGGCGCGGUGCCUCUUCGACGUCUUUGACCGGGACGGCAGCGGCAGCAUCGACUACGCCGAGUUCGCGGACCUCGCGGCGAAGGGCCGCCUGCCGGACGCGCGGCGGUCGCCGUCGCCGGCGUCGGACGCGUCGUCGGGGAGCCGCGGCGGCGGCGACGACGGCGACGACGACGCCGUGGCCGUCCUCCCGAAGCCGUUCCUCCGCGCGCUGCGGCGCUGGGCCGACGAGGCGCAGCUCCGGGACCGCGGCGGGCUCCGCGGCGUCUUCGCCCGCUACGACAAGGCCGGCGACGGGUCGCUGGACGCGAGGAAGCUGCGCAAGCUCGUGGCGAAGGCCGUCGACGACGUCGACGACGACGCCGUGGACGCGCUGCUCGCGCUGCUGGACACGGACGGCGACGGCCGCGUCUCGUACGCGGAGUUCGCGGCCUUCGUCGGGGGCCCGGCGCGGGAGCCCGCGGGGCUCGACGACCUGCGCACGUCCCUGCGACGGCAGCUCCGCAAGAAGCGCCGCGGGGGCCGCUUCUCGCGCGCGACGCCCGUCGACGUCUGCGCGGCGCUCGCCGCGCGCGAUGAGGCGCGCGAGGGGCGCCUGGAGCGGGCGGCCUUCGACCGCGCGCUCGCGCGCGCGCCCCUGGGCCUCAAGCUCGAGCGGGGCCAGGCCGCGGCGCUCACGCGCAAGUUCCGCCUCGGCGACGACGGCGUCGACUACGUCGCGUUCGCCAAGUGGCUCGGCCCGGACGCGGCGGGGCCGGCGGCGUGGGCCUUUGGGGACAAGGACCAGCGCGCGCUGCGGCGGCGGCUCCGCGUCGACCAGGACGCCAAGGACGGCGCCUUCGGCGACGCGAUUGGCGUCGACGCGCUGCGCCGCGCCGAGGCCAGGGUCGGCAAGGCGGUGGAGCUCGUCCGCGCGAAGCUGGGGAAGGACGGGGCCGUCUCCUCGAAGGCCCUGCGGAAGGCGCUGCGGGGCGCGCUCGACCACGACGGCGACGGCCGCGUCUCGCGCGCGGAGCUGCGGGGCGCGCUCCGGCGCUUCGGCGUGCCGCUGGCGCCGGACGAGGAGAACGCGCUGCUCGACAAGUACGACGAGGACGGCGCGGGCGACGUCGACACGGACCUCUUCGUCCGGGGCCUGUGCGACCUGCCGGCGGGCGGCGACGCGCGGCGGCCGCGCGGCGGCGGCGGCGGCGGCGGCGACGGCGACGAGCAACGCGACGCCGACGCCGACGACGGGCGGCGCGGCGGCGGCGACGUCGUCCGGCGCGUCCGGCGGGCCAUCCGGGGCGAGGACCCGGCGCGGUGGGCCGACGCGGUCGCCGACGCGUUCCGCGACAUGGACGCGAACGGCGACGGCGAGGUCGACGGCGACGAGCUCGCGGCGUGGCUCGCCAAACGGCUGGGCGUGGACCUGAGCGCGGGCGACCGGCGGACCCUCGUCGACUGCCUGGACGUGGACGCGUCGGGCACGAUCUCGCACGACGAGUUCCUGGACUUUGCCGUGGAGCCGCCGGCGGGGCGCGAGAUCGGCCAGGUCGCGAGGCGGCUCCGCAAGGCGCUCGGCGAGGACGGCCUCCUGAGCCUGCGCGCGGAGCUGGCGCGCGCCGACGCGAACCGCGACGGGGCCGUGGCCGCGGAGGCGUUCUGGGAGGCGGUCCGGGCCGUCGCCGGCGAGCUGGGCGUGAAGCCGGGCAAGCUCGACGUCCGGCCCGCGGACCGGCGCGCGCUCGAGGAGCGCUUCUGCAGCCGCGGCGACGAGUCCCGGGUGCGGCACGCGCACAUCCUGCAGUGGCUCGAGGCGGGGCUCGUGGACCGCGCGCUCGCGCGGCUGCGCCGGCGCCUCGAGCAGCUCGAGAAGAGGCGGGGCAACGGCGGCGCGCACCUCGACGCGCGCGCCGUGUUCCGCAAGUGCUGCUCGCGCGACGGCGAGCUGACCCGCGACGACCUGGGCAGGGCUUGCAAGCGGUGCGGCCUCACGCUGUCGGCGACGGCCCUGGACGCGGCCUUCAAGGCCCUCGACAAGGACAACUCCGGGAGCAUCAGCUGGGGCGAGUUCCGGAGCGAGCUCUUCUCGGCGCGGCGCGACGCCGACGGCGACGCGCGGCGCGGCGGCGGCGGCGGCGGCGACGACGAGCUGGCCACCGCGCUGGAGCGGAUCUUCGGCGCGCACGACGGCGACCGCAACGGCAUGCUCCAGCGGUCCGAGGUGAAGCGCGUCGCGCCGCACGCGCUGCGGGCCUUCGGCCUCCAGCCCUCGGCGGACGACCUCAGGGCCUUCGAGGACACGCUCAAGUCCGCGGCGAGCGACGGCCGCCGCGCGCUGACGUACCGCCAGUUCGAGGACGCGGCGCUGGCCGAGGUGCGCAAGUCGCUGGACGAGCGCGCGCGCGCGCCGCAGCGGCGCGCGGCGGCGCUGGACCAGCUCCGGGCGCGGCUCGGGGCGCUCGCCGGCGGCGCGGCGACGGUGCCGCGCGGGGACUUCGAGCGGCUCUGCGCGUCCGCGGCGGGCGGCGGCCUGGACGCGGACGACUGCCGCGCGCUCGCGGAGUGCUGCGCGGCCUACGAGGGGUCGGCGGCGCCGAAGGCGCCCGCGGUCGACGCCGACGAGGUGCUUCGGCUGGCGGCGGCGGCGGCGCGCGGCGGCGCGGCCGCGGCCGCGCGCGAGGCGGCCGCGUGCCCCUUCGCGGGGCGCGGGGGCGACGCGGACCGGGUGGGCGCGGCGGCGGCCAAGCUGCUGCGCGGGCCCCGCCUCGGCGACCCCGAGGGCUACAUGCUCGCCUUCGGCCACCCGCGGUCGGCGCUCCCGGCGGGCUUCGCCGCGCCCGCGCUCGCGGCGGCCGCGCGCGAGCCGACGCACUCCCUCGGGGCGGCGCUGGCGCCGCCGGCGCUCGUCGCCGGCCCGCCGCGCGGCGGGCGCGGCGCCGUCCGGCGCGUCCGCGUCCAGGGCGCGGCGGCGGUGCCCGCGCCGCCGCGGCGGCGCGGCGGGGGCGACGACCGCGCGGUGCGCGUCGUCCGCUGCUGCCUCUUCGACGCCGGCGCGGGCGCCGACGGCGUCCGGAGCAACGUGCACGAGGUCCCCGCGACGGGCGACGGCGCGGCGUGGGCGUUCGCGCCGCGGCGCGCGGCGGCCGCGGGCGGCGCCCCGAGGCUCCGCGCGCGGCUCGACGCCUACGACAGCGCCGAGUUCCUCGUCGCCGCGGACGACGAGACCGCCCAGCUCUCGCUCCUCUUCGAGCUCGCGACGACGGUGCCGCGGGCCUACUUCGACGGCCGCGCCGCCGAGGCGGAGGACGACGAGAAGAAGCAGCGGCGCGCCGCGGCCGAGGCGCUGGGCAGCGACUACGAGUCCGCGUCCGACUCGGACUACGGCAUGGACGACGCGAGCGCCGCCGCCGACAGCGGCUCGGACGACGACGACGACGCCGACGGCGGCUCGGGCGGGGACUCGCGGCGCCGCCGGCGCAACGCGAACAAGGGGGACGGCGACGACAGCGACCGCGUCUACUCGGACUCGGACUCCGACGCGUCGCGGCGCCGGUCGACGACGAAGAAGAAGCCGCGGGGGAAGCACAGGAAGUCGCGCCGCCCGGCGAAGGCCGGCCGGCGCCCCGCGUGGUUCCGGGGCCGCGCGGCGGGCCGCGCCGCGGCGGCCAAGCCGCGCGACCCGUCGCCCGCCGCCGACCACGACGCGCGCCCGCGCGCCGGGGGCGCCGUCGAGGUGACGUGCGGCUGGGGAGUCGUGUCCCUGGCGGAGCUGCGCGCGUCGUCGACGGUCACGGUCCCGCUCAAGGGCGGGGCGCCGUGGGGCGAGACGGAGUUCGGGGCGGACGGCGCGGCGCCGAGCAGCCUGUGGCGGACGCUGACCGGCUCCGCGGGCGCGCCGCGCCUGACGCUCCGCGUCGCGGGCGGCGCGGCCGCCGAGGCGGCGCCGCGCGGCUGCCUCGUGCCGGUGCCGCUCGCGCCGCUGCUGAACGCGUACCACGCGUACCUGGACGCGUACCUGCGGCGCCACGUCGCGGCGUCGUCGACGCACGUCGCCGACCCCGUCCUCGCCGUCUUCCGCCGCAUCCUGUCGCUCGACGCGGGCCGCCGCGCGCUCCACGCGCUCUGGACCGACCGCGUCGCGGCGCACGCGCGGCAAAACCCCGGCCGGCGCGCGGACGCGGCAAACGCAGCGCUCCAGGAGGCCGUCUGCGAGCUCUGGCCCGCGUGCGAGGCGCUCCUCGCCGCCGCGCCGGGCGGCGGGGCCGUCGACCUCGACGCCCGCGUCGUCGCCGCGGCGCGGCCGACGCUCUGCGCCGCCGUGGCCCCCGCCGAGGCCGUCGAGCAGGCCGUCGCGCUGCUGGGCGAGGUGCUCGACGACGACGAGGGCGACGGGCGGUCGCCGCGCGCCGGCCAGGGCCUCUUCGCACCCUUCCACACGUCGGAGCUCGUACCCAUGUGAUGAGCCCCCCCCCCCUUGCCGGCGCCACCACCCCGGGUAAGGUCACAUCCAUAGCGCAUCA